AUGGUCGAAGAAGUCGUUUCGAAACUUCUCGAUGAAUUAAUUGAAGAAAUCGAUACAAUUCAUCAAUGUGAUGAUUGUUCAAUCAUUGAUGAAUCUGUGAAACGACAAAGAAAAUCUCAACAAACAACUGAUUCGACUGUGAUUUUGUAUUUAUGUGAUAAUUGUGAAGAAAAACGUCAUUUGGAUGCACAAAAAGUUUUACAAGAUUUAGAAUCUUUAGCAUUGGAAGUUGAACAAAGAUUAAAAGCGAUUGAAAAUACUGAAAGAGAAUUAGAUCAAUGGAGAGACGCACAAUUACAGAAAAAUCGAGAAUUUUGGGAUGAAUAUCGUCGACAAGUAGAAAACUUUUCAUCAUGUCGCAUUCGAACAUUACAAUAUGAAUAUACAAUGAGACAAUUGAAAACCGAUCGAAUUAUGAAACGAUUGAAACGAGCGAAAUAUAUUGGAGAACAUAUUAAUGAAUUCUAUGACAAAUUAACGGACUUCUUUUCGUCAGAUUUUCUUCAAUUGAUUUCAUCAGAACAAUUUCAAAAUCAAUUCGCAUUGUUUUUAUCGAAUAAUGAAGAAAAUACGAGUUAUGAACAACGAAAAGAAUUUCUCGAUCAACUUGAACAAUUGUCAUGUUUAGAUCAAAUUCUCAUUCCAGGUGAUCAAUUUGGAAUUGAUGAUGAAAUAAAAGAUGAUUUUGAUGAAGCAAAUUAA